CUUUUUUAUUAUUUCCCUGCGCUACGCGACGCGUGUUCGCGCUCGUCUUCUGCUGCAGAGAGUGGCGCUCGUGACGUCAUCCUGCUGGAGCGGCUGCUGCUGGGCACGGGCGGAAAAUGGGCACAGAUCUGCGAGGACGAAAGGUUUCGACCCUGAGGAAGACAGAUUAAGCGCCAGAAAGAGGCCAAACAGCAGUCAAGACCUUACUGAAGAACUAAUUUAAGAACUUGUGACUCAGAAGGAGCAUGUGUGAUGAUCCCCUGUUCCUCGCUCAGCCUGUAGAAAACCCAGCGGGUCUGAGAUGAGUGGUCCUCUGUGGUGCCCGGCCGCUAUCCCUGCUUGCUCUUGGCAGCGCUUGGUGGCGUGAGCAGAUUGCUCCAUCCUGGCAGCCACGGGAGCGUGGAAUGGCCUCUUUGGACCUGCCGUACCGUUGUCCUCGCUGUGGGGAACACAAACGCUUUCGAAGUCUGUCCUCUCUACGCGCCCAUCUGGAGUACAACCACACCUACGAGACCCUGUAUGUGCUGUCCAAGUCCAACAGCGUAUGCGAUGCUGCUGCGUUGCUCCCCCUAGUGGCCGACGGAGCCCUCGCCGCCGAAUCUCGUUUCCCGUACCGCGAGUUGCCCUGCUCUGGCGAAGAGCUUGGCCUUGCCCCCUCGUCUACUACUUGCUACCUGCCCAAUGUGGAGUUUCCCCUGGGUGAGAUCCUGGUGAAGACAGCCAUGAGCUCCGGCGACGCCUUGUCCUCCACAGGGAACAACGCUGUGGCGGUGGCCGCCAACGUGGCUGCUAGCGCGGUGGAGGCGGCUUAUGAGGAGGGCCUGGCUCGGUUGAAAGCUCGAGCGUUUGAGAGGCUCGAGCUGGAUGAGAGGCUUGAGAAGUUGUCGGAGGAGGUGGAGCAAAAGAUCGCGGCACGUGUUGGCCGUCUGCAGGCAGAGCUGGAAAGGAAAAGCUCAGAGCUGGAAAAGGCAAAACUGGAGAGUGAGAGGCUCAGUCAGGAGAAGCAAGACCUGGAGGACAAGGCCACAGAGCUUUCGCGGCAAGUGGACGUGUCGGUGGAGAUGCUGGCCAGCCUUAAGCAGGAUCUGGUUAAUAAGGAGCAAGAGCUCACACACAAACAACAAGAGGUGGCCCAGAUCGACCAGUUCCUGCAGGAAACAGCUGCGCGUGAAGCCAAUGCUAAACUGCGUCUUCAGCAGUUUAUCGAAGAGCUGUUGGACCGGGCCGACCGUGCUGAGAAACAGCUCCAGAUUAUCAGCAGCUGUGCCACCACCCCCAACGGCAGCCUGGGACACUGCAGUCUGCAAGGAUCCAAACCUAAUGGACGACAGAGAAAUUCCAGUAUCUCCGGGACAUCCAGGGGAAUGUACCAAGUGUCCGAUCGACGUUCCUCCCCCAGCACUGCCGCAUCAGGACGAGGGAAGUCUGUGUCCCAGGGUUCAGGAGGUUACGACAGUGACAGUGUGGACCUCCAUGCUCUGGAGGACUGCCCUGAUGCUCAGUACUACCACGUCCAAUGCCGACUUGGGGAGGGAGGCGGAGGAGGAGGAUAUGAAAGGACGGGUGCUUCCCGGAGCUGGGGUCUCCGCAAACAGGCCAUCCAGAACUGGCAACGACGGCCGUACCGGAACAGCACGGAGGGAGAGGAGGGUGACGUGUCUGACGUAGGAUCCCGCACCACAGAGUCCGAGGCCGAAAUGUGGGAGCAAGACAGGAGAGCAGAGCACGGGGGCAACCGUGGAGGAUACAGACUAGCUACAGGUCGUGAAGGAGGAUACAAGCCUUGCCGCCAUGAGAAAAGCCCCUCUAAAGUAAAUGAGGUGAUCAGUCCUGAGGUGCUGAAGAUGCGUGCCGCCCUCUUCUGUAUCUUUACCUACCUGGAUACGAAGACACUCCUGCGGGCGGCCGAGGUGUGCCGGGAUUGGAAGUUUGUGGCUCGUCACCCAGCGGUGUGGACCAGAGUUCUGCUGGAGAACGCUCGCAUCUCCUCAAAGUUCUUGUGCACUCUGUCUCAAUGGUGCACACAGACGCAUUCCCUCAUCCUCCAGAACCUCAAACCCCGGCAGAGGGGGAAAAAAGAAACAAAGGAGGAAUAUCUGAAGAGCACACGUGGCUGUCUUGAGGAGGGUCUGGAGGCUUUGUUGAAAGCUACCGGCAGUAAUCUGCUCAUCCUGAAGGUGUCUCAUUGUCCAAAUCUGUUGACUGAUCGCUCUCUGUGGUUGGCAAGCUGUUAUUGCAGGGCACUACAGGCUGUCACAUACAGGAGUGCAACAGACCCUGUUGGACAGGAGGUUAUCUGGGCUUUAGGAGCUGGUUGCAGAGACAUAAUCUCACUACAGGUGGCGCCUUUGCAUCCAUGUCAGCAGCCAGCACGCUUCAGUAACAGGUGCUUGCAGACUAUUGGCAGAUGCUGGCCACAUCUGAGAGCUUUGGGAGUGGGCGGGGCUGGCUGUGGCAUACAGGGAUUGGCUUCUUUGGCAAGGAACUGCAUGAGGCUGCAGGUGCUUGAGUUGGACCACGUCAGUGAAAUAAAUCAGGAAGUGGCUGCUGAGAUGUGCCGAGAGGGACUGAAGGGUCUGGAGAUGCUGGUGCUCACCUCCACUCCUGUUACCCCUAAAGCCCUGCUUCACUUCAAUAGUGUGUGUCGUAACCUGAAGUCUAUUGUAGUCCAGAUCGGUAUAGAAGAUUACUUUGAAGACCCCAACAGCCCCGAGGCCAGAAAGCUCUUUGAUGAAAUGGUGAACAAGCUGCAGGCACUCAAGAAAAGACCUGGUUUCUCCAAAAUCCUCCAUGUGAAGGCAGAUGGCUUGUGCUAACUCUGCUGUGUUGAGGCCAGAGCCAUAUGAAGGUUCACCGAAUAUUUCAACCUGAUCGAGUCAUUCUCUCCUUGAUGAAACGAGGAAGAAUCAAACACUUCCGCUUCAGUUUGAACCCUAAACACCAGUCUACCACACCAAGACGGGCGCAUCUGUUAGCUUUGACAAGACGCAACCAAAUAGAGGAGCUUGUAAAGAUAAUACGUAACAAACUCUACGAGAAGGCAUGAUUACUUGCCUUGGAUCCCGUUCCAACAGUCAGACCCAAUUCAAAACAAGUUACGAUUAUAUACAAAGGAUUUUUCUCCUACUUGCCAAACGCACUAAACUUUAAAAAGAUCUCAGAGAACAUGUUGUCUCUCUUCAGAGCACAGCGCUACAGGAGGGAACAGUCUCAUAUUCCAGAUUGACCUGAAACGUAAAAUCAAUGUGAAAUCAAAACAGCACAAAUUUAAAAUGCACAUGCGUAAGUUAUUAAUGCGGGAGUGUGUGUUUGUGUGAUCCGAUCGAUUGUUUCCCCAACAUUCAUCAAAGAGGCGCAUUCGUUCAUUAGUCGUCUGGAUGCUUCAACCAGCCAUAUUACUUGGACAGUUUCGACAUAACAUAAUCACCAGCUUCAAACAUGGCUUACCGAGACCCUUCUUUAGGGGAUGCCAUAGAAACUACUAUUACUUGCAGAUAUCUUGUGUCCAUAAGCACGAGUUCAAACCGAAUGAAGAAGCCAAUAAACACCAAGAUCCGCUGCCUCAUUCAUGUCAGACCCUCCCGUAUGUCCAUAACCAAGAGAUUGUUUCUCAUCAUUGGAUCUGUUGUUCCAGACUCAUUUGCAAUGCCUUCUCCAUAAUGUGCCAUCCAUAGUUUCGACGUUUUGUUUUCGAGGUUGAACUUUGCUCAUUCCCAAUGUGCCAUUAGUGAAUAGUGAAUACCCUACAAGGUGUGCACUUAUCUAAAGGGAAUUUAAGGGCAAAUUCACAUAGUGAUGGAUAUAGACCAGCUCAUGGUGCUGUCACCCCAAUCUACGCCUACUGUUUCACCUCAGAUGUCAAUGUCUCCAUCUCUUUCAUCACUUACUGUUCAAACUUCCGAUGGGACUCAGGCUGGUGGAGCGGAAUAGAUCACUUCCCCAUCUGCUCUGUUGACUUCAGAUGGUACUUUGAAGGUAGACACCACUGAAUGGAGAAUUCAGAUUCUGAGUUCUGAAUGUACACACUGCACAAUCGAAUAGAAGGGUGUUCUUCACGGAAUCUAUAAGAACUGCACUUUGGAAAUGUGUGAGUUAGGUUUUGGCUUUGGUUCCUCUGACCUUUAAUCGUUGGAACUAGGACGUACGUUAACAUUAACAAUAGCCAUAUUAGGCUUGUGCAGUCAGACUAGAAAAUGAAAAAUGAUUCUGCACAGCUGAGAUUGAAUUCAAUAUUCAUAGCCUUGUUUUGUCAGGGCCAGCAUUGUGAAGUUAACAUUUUCAUUUGUUUUCAAAGAGAACAGGUUUAUUUACUGGUAUAUUUUUGAUGCACUUUUGAGUAGAUCGCAUGACAUGUCAGGUUUUGCUUUCUGUUUGAAUAUCACUCCAUGGUUAGGAAGACGUUUACUCUGAAAAUGAAUGUUAGAGCGCUUAAAUGGUUUUAGCUAGAAGUCAGUCGUACAAAGAAACUAGAAUAUGCCAUUGUCAUCAAGUUUCUUUUUUUGAAGAAAAAUCAUGCUGAUGCAAUAACACUGAUGCAAGUAAUGGUCUCGACCGCUCUCGGUGCUGUACCACUUACCCAUCAGGCAUUUCUGCUCCCCUUGGCCAGUCUCCGAGCUGAAAUCACACAGUCUAAACGGUCUACUCUAAGUGCUUUAGUCAAGGCGAGCACUUCUAUGGUGCAACGUUCUACUUCCUGUCUUAAAACACAUAAUGGGGCUUGAAUUAGCACGAGUGGAGUAUUCACACAAACUGCCUGAGGUUACUUCAGGAUGGCUGUUCAAAUGAGGCAAUGUGGACCAGAAUGGAAACUACAAGACCAUCUUAAAGAAAGAAGUUGCAGAUGUAGAACAGGGCAACUUAAACACAACCCCACACAAUGACUUUUCGCGUGUACUGGCACUCUUGUCUUCUGAAGACUUAAAAAAAACUCUAUGUAUAUGUUGUUUCUAUAGGAAGGAAAUACAAAACGGUGUAAAUAUUUGAAAUGUAACAAAGAAAGAGACGACCUGAAGCGUUUAGCGGGUAUCCCGUGUGGUGCCCGUACUGACUUCCGGAUUUCAAAGGUAUCGAAUUUGCAGUAUGCUGUGUAUGAUAGAUGCUUUAUAUUGAAUGUGUAUCAGAGUCCUAUAGAGAUGGAAAUAAUUUAAACAGAGUACAGUUUAUUUCAACUAUUUAUUUCUAUAAAAAGAGAUGUCUAUGAUGAUGGCAUGUUUGUGCUAAAGCAUUAUAUAUCAUGUUGCCUUUUCAACUGUUCUGCUGUAGAUGUUAUUAGAUUAUUAGAUCUGAGUGCUCUGGAUUACUGCUUGCUGCCUUUCAUUUUUAGACUGAGCAACCGUUGCACCAUUAUUAUGAUAAAAGGUAACUGCUAAUGUUUAGUAUUAAGCCGUUGGUGUUCUAUUUUGUUUAACGUCAAGCCUUUUUAAAGAAUCUGACAUGUAAUGCACUUUUUUUUAUCAGAGCACUUCCAAUGCUCUGUGAUGGUUGGUUUCAUAUAAUUCAUGUGCAAUUCCUCUUUUCCUAAGCUUUGCACUGGAAGACUAUCAGCUUUCCAUUCAUCAUGUGAUCGGUCCGUUCAAUAGCGUUAGUGACUUUUUAUGAAACCCUUGCAGUGGACUUAUUUGAUGCAUAGCAUUAACCUGCAAUAUAAAAAUAAAUAGUAAUAUAUAUAUAAAUAUAAUUGCUUGGUCAUGUAAAAACAUUCAAUCAUGUUUUUAUUUUUUUUGCUUUGACUUCAGUAAGUGGUGAAAGCGAUGAUGGAUUAAUAGCACUUUGAAUUUGAAAUUUUGACUAAAAGAGAUUCUCAAUUGAUACUGACAGAUUUAGAAAAUGAUUGUAACUUGGAGGGAAGAAAAGGGGUUCGAUCACAGAAUGAAGACCUGAAGCAGUCGGAAAGAUAAAUAUAACUUUUAUGUAAGCAUAACCAUCGUUUCUGUACCACUGAACAGAACUUCUUUAAACAAUCAGUUAUAGUGGUGUUAACUAUUGUUAGGUGCCAGAUGUUGUGACAAUUCAUGUGUAGCUGUAAUUGUAACCAUCAAAUCAAUGACCUAUUAUUAAAAGUAUGUCAAAAAGACAAAUCUACAAACAGAUGAUUUAUUAAUUGUGGAGUAUUAUCAGCUUUUUUGUUCCAAUUACGUUUUGUGGAAAAUAAGACAGAAAUGGCAUUUACAAUCUAAACAGCCAUAUUCAAACUCCACAGCCCUGGAAUGAAUAUAUAACAAUGCGCGUCAUUUAUUUUAUUUUAUUUCUGCUGCUCUAGCCAUAAAUAUGGUAUUCAUUCCUUGAUUUGGCGAUAUUCAUAUAUAUCUUCCUCGAUGUUCAGCUUUGUGCCGUCGUGUUCUUUAGUCAUUGACAUUACCUCUUAGGCUCUCGUUUGAAUGAUUGUAUUUUAUGCCCAUCUGUCUGAACUGCUUUCAUGCAUUACCUCAAACAUCUUCUGGCAACAUAAAUUAAAUUGUGUUGCUUUUUUUUAUACCAACAGAUUGCAUUGAUGUUAUUUAAUGAAUACCCUGCACAUUCUCUGCUGUUGCACAAAAAGGCAAUUCAUCACCCAUAGUUUAAUAUUUAUUGGAAAAUGUUCAUGUUUAAACAAUUUUCUUGCCUGUGGGAACAAGUGACUGCAGACCUUUUUUUUUUUCUUUUCUUUUUUGUUCAUUCGUUGUAUUGUUGUGGCCUGCUUAAUAGCAUUUCUUAUUGUCUUUUCAACCGGUUAUCCCAGUUUGCGAAAAUCUGAUUAUAAGAGUGUGAUGGAAUUGUUUACAUUCCAAAUCUCAUGCCAUUUUGUUCCAGGCAUAUUCUUUGAGUUCUAAUAAAAAUCUGAUAUAUAUACUCA